AAAUGAAUUGAAACUUUUUACUUCCCUUCGGAGUCAAAUGGAGCUCUCAGCUUGGUAGAUUUGUUCAGCAGUGUCCUCCAUCUCAGAGUACAGCUGUGUUUUUGAGCUUGGAGAAAAAAAAUACUAAAAUGGACACAAUAUAGAGGAUAUAGCACAGGAAACAGAAGAUGACACAGAAGAGGGGAGGCUAUGACAGAGAGACUGAAACCAAACUGAUGGGGAUGCCUGGAAAAGGGUCUAUUUUCAAAGGAAGGCACUCUGAGGUUCUGAAGGAUGUUCUCAUUGUGCUUGGGACUGACGCUUAAGAAAAUCCAUUGGACAAUCUAUUCAACAGCUGGGUUAUAUCAACUGAACCAUCAACAGGGUUUCCUUGCCACAUAUCGUCUGAGAGAGAGAGAGAGAGAGGAAAAGUCCAGAGUGGAAUCCUUUUGGGAUAUCGAGCUAUUUAGGAUUCAACAAUGAAAUGUUUGGACUGGAGUACUGAGUUCAGUGAGCUCUGAAGCGCAUUUGUUCACAUCUUAUUCACAUUUUCCUUUUUUUUGGUAUUUGACUGUCUGGUAUUUGGUAUGUUGAAUGUCUAAAUCUUGUUGAUGUUAUUGAAAGUAGCCCUAAUCUAAUCCUUCACUUUUAUUCUGUAAAAUUUUGUCUAAUCAACCUUUUUUUUAUAUAUAUAAGAAAAACUUUGUGGGAUCCUCCUUUGUGCAUAUUUCUUAUGUUUUUGCCACCAAAAGAGACAUUUUGUGAAAUUUUUUUUUUUUUUUUUUUUAGAAUAGAAACACAUUAUUAGCAUUUUUUUUUUGUCUUUCUUGACAAACGUUACAAUCACAUGAAUGUGUGAAACUGCAGAGAGCGAUGUGGAGUUUUAAAGUAGCGUUUGGCCUGAUUUGACUUGAGUUUUUUUGGAAACCGUGUCGUCUUUGGAGGAAUUGUGAGCAUCACCACAGGAUUCUGUUCUGCUUUCGGACCAUUGGCCGCAGCAGCUGCAGCUGGCACAAUGAAAUCUGCAUGUGCAAGAGCAUUGUUUAUAAUUAACCCUUGCGGUGUUAAAAACUGCUUGACCAGUGACAUGCUCUCUUUCUGACUACUGGAACAUGGGGCCGAUCACAGGGGCUGCCAUGGAAAUCAGUGGUACAGUUGACAACAUGACUGGACUAACACAUGAUAGGCCAGUCCAAAUGUCCUCUUUCUGCCAGCAGUUUGCGUCUGUCGAUGGGGCAGGAAAUUAUGAUAUUGUGAAUAAUGUUGUCAUUCCGACCCCAGGAGCACCAGACCCCAGGGCCCAGAAUUCUUUGCGGGAGAGUUGGGAAAUGAACUACCAGGAAGCAGCAAUAUACCUGCAGGAAGGAGAGAAUAAUGACAAGUUUUUCACUCAUCCACGAAGUCCCCACGCGCUUAGCGCCUACCUGUUUGCUCACAAUCACCUUUUCUAUGUGAUGGAGCUGCUGACUGCGGUGUUACUCAUGCUUCUGUCCCUCUCAGAGGCCCCUGCCGUCCCAUUCCUCCGCUUGGACGUCUAUAUUCACGCGACACUGGAGUUAUUGGCAUUGGCGUUGGUGGCAUUUGAGUUGGGCAUGAAGCUCCGAUGGCUUGGCUUUCGCACGUUUAUACAGCAUAAAAGGACCAUGGUGAAGACGUGUGUCCUGUUUAUUCAGUUCAUCGAGGCGAUUGUUGUCUUAGUCCGGCAGACAUCUCACCUGCGUGUGACGAGAGCCCUGCGGCCGAUCUUUUUGGUGGACUGCCGUUACUGUGGAGCCGUUCGCAGAAACCUGAGGCAGAUAUUUCAGUCUCUUCCUCCCUUCAUUGAUAUUCUUCUGCUGUUACUUUUCUUCAUGGUCAUCUUUGCCAUCCUGGGAUUUUGCUUGUUCUCAGCCAACCCAGCUGACCCGUAUUUUAGCACACUUGAGAACAGCAUUGUGAGUCUGUUCGUCCUUCUGACCACUGCAAAUUUUCCAGAUGUGAUGAUGCCAGCAUAUUCAAAGAAUCGUUGGUCAUGCAUUUUUUUUAUUGUGUAUCUGUCCAUCGAGCUCUACUUCAUCAUGAAUCUGCUCCUGGCGGUAGUUUUUGACACCUUUAAUGGAGUCGAGAAGAUGAAAUUCAAAUCUCUGCUUUUACACAAGCGAUCCGCCAUCGAGCACGCCUUCCAGCUGCUGGUUAGUCGGCAGAGACCAGAUGGAGUGUCUUUGAAGCAGUUUGAUGGACUGAUGCGAUUCUAUCGUCCACGAAUGAUAGCACGGGAUCGUUUUCUCACCUUCAAAGCCCUCAACUAUUCAGGCGCAACCAUGCUGAGUCUCCAGGAAUUUUAUAAGUUUUAUGAAGUGAUUGGGCUCAAAUGGAAGGCUCGACGCAGUGGGGAGUACUGGUUUGAUGAUCUUCCUCGCACAGCAUUCCUCAUUUUUAAAGGAAUCAAUUUACUUGUGAAAUCCAAAGCUUUUCAAUAUGCAAUGUAUCUGGUAGUAGCAAUUAAUGGCAUCUGGAUUCUAGUGGAGACAAACAUGUUAAAUGAUGGUGUCUCAUGGACUCAUGUUGUCCCCUGGAGCUACAUUGUUUUCCUCACAAUUUAUGGAAUUGAGGUCUUGUUGAAGAUCACAGGCCUUGGUCCAAUGACAUAUUUCAGCUCAGGAUGGAACCUCUUUGAUUUCUCAGUAACAGUAUUUGCCUUUCUGGGAUUGAUUGCUCUGGCCUUUGACAUGGAGCCGUUCUACUUCAUUGUGGUUUUGAGACCUCUUCAGCUCCUCCGAUUGUUUAAAAUUAAACAGCGCUAUCGGAACGUUCUGGACACAAUGUUUGAACUGUUCCCGCGUAUGGCCAGUCUAGGUCUGACUCUGAUUAUCUUCUAUUAUUCUUUUGCCAUCGUUGGAAUGGAGUUUUUUGCUGGGGUUGUUUAUCCGAACUGCUGCAGCAAUAGCACAGUUGCUGACUCGUAUCGCCAGAUAAAUGUGACCAUUGGCAACCGAACAGUGCUAGAAGAGGGAUAUUACUAUCUCAAUAACUUCAAUAACAUCCUAAGCAGCUUUGUCACUCUUUUUGAGCUAACAGUGGUGAACAACUGGUACAUCACUAUGGAAGGUGUGACAUCAGAAACUACUCACUGGACUCGCCUUUAUUUCAUGACCUUUUACAUUGUCACCAUGGUUGUCAUGACGAUAAUCGUAGCCUUCAUACUGGAUGCAUUUGUCUUCAGGAUGAACUACAGUCGGAAGAAUAGAGAGCCACUAGACGACCCAGAAGAUGAAAAGGGGAUUGUAUUUGAGACAGAGGUGUCCCAGACUGAAGCUCUACAGACUCUGGACUUGUAUAAACACACACUGGGCGUCACCAACCUAAGCUCACUGCAGGAAAUGUGUGUGACUCUGGAGCGGAGCGGGCACUCCUCAUUAGUAUUUCAGGGUCGAAGGUCACGUACCAAGAGUGACCUCAGCAUAAAGAUGUACGAGGAGGAGAUUCAGGAAUGGUACGAGGAAUAUUCCAGAACAAAUCUUCAGCCUGACGAGGCAUUCCACAGAGAACUGGACAGCCCUGAAGCCAAUGCCUCAAACAGCAUUAACUAACACACACUCUGAACACUGCAUCAGCGUUAGCUAACACACUCACUCAUACCUCUGAGGGACCGUAAGACCGUCUUCCUCCCAUCGAUGGAAAGCACAGGUGUUCCCCAUGACCACUACAUGCUCCCUCCUUCCACAUGGAGACCCACAGAACUCCUUUACUUAAAGCCUUAUUCCCCAAAAAACCUUAAGGUUCCGUGGCCAAUCAGGGAAGCUUGCAGACCAAUCAUGUGACAUGCAUUAGGUCCAGGAACCUUCUUUUUCUUCCAUGAAAUGCACCUCAUGACAUUUGCCUUUUGGAUCCUGAAUGAUUCAGACUCUCUCAUGGAUUUGACAAAUGGAGCACAGUGAUUGAAUGUUUCUGUGGGAGAUGAAUCAGAACUGAAUGUGAGGAUUUUAGCACUAAGUAACUCAUGUCCGAGGUAUUGCUUAACCAACAGAUAAAAGAUUAUAGUAAUAAACUAAUGCUGUUUUUAAACUAAAGCUGCUUUUUGCUGGAACCUUUGGACCUAUAGAGAGGCUUAUUUUGUCAUUAUAUAUAAAUAUAUACAUGCAGAUUAAACUUAUGUCAGAUACAGUUAAGAGUCAAGUAUUUAAAAAAAAUGUUUUAAUACAUUCACUUAUUCGCUCGAUAUGGGCUGGUUUCCCAGACGUGUUAAUUUUGGACUGAUAAGUGUUAGAAAACCAGCCCUGGACCUGUCUUGUCACAUAUGAAAAUAUCUUAUUUCCUUUGUUUGGAGUCAGUAUUGUUUUAGGCAUGGAUUGUAAAGCUUGAGAGUAAUUUUACAGACCCAUUCAGAUAAAAUCUAGUCAAAAUCAGCCAUUUUAUUCCACCUACAGUCUGGCUUUCCAGAUUAAAUCCAAAUUUUCUUUUGUGUAAAACCAUAGGUGACAAAGGGAAACCAUUUUGCCUUGCUUAUGGUUUUUUUGCACAGUACUUCAGAACUGUUAUUUAUUUAUUUACAUUGAGUUAAACAAAUUUUCAUGUGCACCUCUCUUGUUUGCUGAACUGUUUUAUAUUUUUUAGUUAUUUUGUUGAUGCUUUUAACAGGGUGAAUGCAUGCAAAUCCUCAUAUAUCAUUGUUUACUCUCGUGUCUAGAGCAUCUGACCUGGAGUAAAUCAUAAAUGUGGUCAAGAGGGUCAGUGAUUUCAUCCCAGUUGGUUGUUAAAAUGCACUGUAGGGUGUGCAGCCUUGAUGCUCCAAACACAAGGGAACAUGAUACAUAUGUGACAGAAAAACCACACCAGCUCCUCUAAUACUGUAAGGAUUUACCUGUGUUUCAGUUCUCUGUUCUUGUACCUUUGUAAAUGUAUAAUAAUGACAGGUCUAGUAAAUGAUACAUUUUAAUGGAA